CACCUUAGCCAGGGAACAAGCUGCAAGGGGUCUUGAGCACAUACCAAGACUCUGGACUGCCCUUCUACUCCAACCCUGCAGCUGGAGAGCCCACCAAUAGCACGAGUGUGGGAAUGAUCAACCGCUACAGCAUUGUGUCAUCAGAGGAAGAGGGCCUCCGCCUCUCUGCCAUGCAUGGCAUGAAUGGCUUUGGCAAUGGCAAGAUUCAUACACGCCGUAAGUGCCGCAACCGCUUUGUUAAAAAGAAUGGCCAGUGCAAUGUGCAGUUUGCCAAUAUGGACGAGAAGUCACAGCGAUACAUGGCCGACAUCUUCACCACAUGCGUAGACAUUCGCUGGCGAUGGAUGCUGGUUGUCUUUACCCUUGUAUUUGUUGUAUCGUGGCUUGCCUUCGGCUUAGCCUUCUGGGUUAUUGCGUUACUGCAUGGAGAUCUGGACAACCCAGCCGGAGAUGACAACUUCAGGCCAUGUGUCCUACAGGUCAAUGGAUUUGUGGCUGCCUUUCUAUUCUCAAUUGAAACACAGUCCACCAUAGGAUACGGCUACCGCUGUGUGACUGAGGAGUGCCCAGUGGCAGUCUUCAUGGUAGUUUCCCAGUCCAUUGUUGGCUGCAUAAUCGACUGCUUUAUGAUUGGAGCCAUCAUGGCUAAGAUGGCAAGGCCCAAGAAGCGAGCACAAACACUACUGUUUAGCCACAAUGCUGUCAUUGCUAUGCGGGAUAGAAAGCUGUGCCUGAUGUGGAGGGUAGGGAACCUUCGCAAGAGCCACAUUGUAGAGGCCCAUGUUCGGGCACAACUCAUCAAACCCAGAAUCACUGUUGAAGGGGAAUACAUCCCUCUGGACCAAAUAGACAUUAAUGUGGGCUUUGACAAAGGCCUGGACAGGAUUUUCCUAGUUUCACCCAUUACUAUUCUCCAUGAGAUCGAUGAAGAAAGCCCCCUUUUCGGAAUCAGCAAACAGGACUUAGAGACAUCAGACUUUGAGAUUGUUGUCAUCCUGGAGGGGAUGGUUGAAGCAACAGCCAUGACUACACAGGCUCGCAGCUCCUACUUGGCCUCUGAGAUCCUUUGGGGUCACCGGUUUGAGCCAGUCUUAUUUGAGGAGAAGAACAUCUACAAGGUGGAUUACUCUCACUUUCACAAAACUUAUGAGGUGCCGUCCACCCCUCGCUGCAGUGCCAAGGAGAUGGUGGAGAAUAAAUUUCUAGUACCCAGCUCUAAUUCCUUCUGCUAUGAAAAUGAACUAGCCUUCCUGAACCGCGAUGAUGAUGAGGAGAACACUGGUGGUGGAACCAGAGCACUGGCUAACCUCAGUCCAGAUCGAAACAGCCGACAUGAAUUUGAGUGCCUACAGGCCACCAGAGGACUGGAUCAAAGGUCAUAUCGUAGAGAGUCAGAAAUAUGACCUCUACUAAAUGACCCAAGGUCAACUUUCUAUAACUCUAUAUCUAAGAUCAAAAUGCAGAACAAUGCAAAGUGCCAUAGGACAAGCUGGGUGCUGUGGUAGAUAGUUAAAGGGACUUAGCAGGAAGAAAUUAGGAAAACUAAGAGUACACAGCUCAGAAAACUGUGGUACAGAAUGUCUACAAUCAAGGAAAAGGCCAGAACAGACCGUUUUCCUUUAUGGAAACUUGAAUCUUUUUUUCUCCUCUCUCUUUCCACAUGGUCAUUUUGAGUUGAGAGUGUUCAAUAAUAGUGCAUCAAAAAGCUAUUAGAGUAAGACGAUGUAAUCAAUUCUUAGGUGUAAAUACACUGAUUGCUUAGUCAUGUUUUGUGUGCAGUACUAUUUUUCUAAAACACCUCUGAAAAGAACAUUUCCAUUUAAAGUUGUUAUUGGGCACAAAUAAUAGAGUAAAUGACAUUCUCUUUUAACACUACAGUAAUCUACAGGCUUUGAGUUUAAAAUUCUUGCACUAUAACAUUCAGGUGCAUUGACAUCUGACUGUUAGCCAGUGAGAAUAUCCAAAUUCAACAACUUCAACAUUGGUGGCAUUUCCAAAUACUUUAAUACAGAGUGAUCAGGCAAAGCCUACUGUGCUAUAAAGGUAAUUAAGAAAAUGAGUUAAUCUGAUUAGUGUUAAAUUUUACAAGUCAAAUUUUUGUGAUUACAACUCUCUCAAUGCCUUAUACUGUAAAUAAUAUAUUUUACCAAGGUAUUACCAGAGUCCAAUAUCACAAGUCUGGUCUCUCGACUGACAAAUAUUUACAACAUAAAUAUCUGAGAAUAUUUUGUACUUUAACAACAUUUUAUGAGAAAUAAAA